GAAAAAGCCUCUGGUACCUUCUAGUCUGGCAAAAUGCAGCACAAAACUCAACUUACUCUGUCCUUUCUGCUGUCCCAGGUUCUGCUGCUUGCAUGUGCAGAAGAUUUAGAAUGUAUCCCUGGAUUCCAGCAAAAGGUUUUUUAUAUUGAACAGCCAUUUGAAUUCACAGAGGACCAGCCAGUUCUGAACCUGGAAUUUGAUGACUGCAAGGGCAAUAACAAAUUGAACUUUGAAGUUUCUAACCCAGACUUUAAGGUGGAACACGACGGGUCUUUAGUUGCGCUAAAGAAUAUCUCGGAAGCUGGCAGAGCCUUGUUUAUCCAUGCGCGGUCUGAGCAUGCUGAGGAUAUGGCAGAAAUAUUGAUUGUUGGAGCAAAUGAAAAACAUGGCGCAUUAAAGGACAUCUUUAAGAUAGAAGGCAACCUUGGAAUUCCAAGACAAAAAAGGGCUAUUUUGGCAACUCCAAUAUUAAUUCCUGAAAAUCAAAGACCACCAUUCCCCAGAUCUGUUGGCAAGGUAAUCAGCAGUGAAGGGACAGAGGGAGCAAAGUUUCGACUCUCUGGUAGGGGAGUAGAUCAAGACCCAAAAGGAAUUUUUAGAAUCAAUGAGAUCAGUGGGGAUGUCUCUGUGACCCGAGCCCUUGAUAGAGAAGCAAUUGCCAAUUAUGAGCUUGAAGUUGAGGUCACAGAUAUAAGUGGAAAAACCAUCGAUGGUCCAGUCCGCCUAGAUAUUUCUGUUAUUGAUCAAAAUGAUAAUAGGCCUAUGUUCAGAGAAGGACCCUAUGUUGGUCAUGUCAUGGAGGGAUCCCCUACAGGAACGACAGUGAUGCGUAUGACAGCAUUUGAUGCUGAUGAUGCUAGCACAGACAAUGCUCUUCUGCGGUAUAACAUCCUCAAGCAGACCCCUACCAAACCAUCUCCAAAUAUGUUCUAUAUUGACCCAGAAAAAGGAGAUAUUGUUACAGUGGUGUCACCUGUGCUGUUGGAUCGUGAGACUAUGGAAACCCCAAAAUACGAGCUAGUUAUAGAAGCUAAGGAUAUGGGAGGUCUUGAUGUGGGACUAACGGGUACAGCAACAGCCACUAUUCUUAUUGAUGACAAAAAUGACCAUCCACCAGAGUUUACCAAGAAGGAGUUUCAAGCCACAGUAAAGGAGGGAGUCACAGGUGUAAUAGUAAACUUAACUGUUGGUGACCAAGAUGACCCAGCAACCGGAGCAUGGAGAGCUGUCUACACUAUUAUUAAUGGAAAUCCAGGGCAGAGUUUUGAAAUCCAUACCAAUCCCCAGACUAACGAGGGAAUGCUCUCUGUUGUCAAACCUUUAGACUAUGAGAUUUCGGCGUUUCACACACUGCUGAUCAAAGUAGAAAAUGAAGACCCGCUGAUCCCAGACAUAGCCUAUGGCCCCAGUUCUACAGCAACAGUUCAGAUCACUGUUGAGGAUGUGAAUGAAGGCCCAGUUUUCCACCCAAACCCAAUGACAGUGACAAAACAAGAAAACAUCCCUAUUGGUAGUGUCGUGUUAACGGUAAAUGCCACUGAUCCAGAUACUUUGCAACAUCAGACUAUCAGGUAUUCGGUUUACAAGGACCCAGCAGGCUGGCUAGAAAUUAACCCUACCAAUGGUACCAUUGGCACCAUGGCUGUCCUGGACCGGGAAUCUCCUUAUGUCCAGAAUAACAUAUACACAGCUCUCUUUCUGGCAAUAGACAGUGGUAACCCUCCCGCUACAGGUACAGGAACUUUACACAUCACCUUGGAGGAUGUCAAUGACAAUGUCCCGUCCCUUUAUCCUACACUGGCUAAAGUUUGUGACGAUGCAAAAGAUCUCAGGGUAGUGGUACUAGGAGCAUCAGACAAAGACCUUCAUCCCAACACAGAUCCAUUCAAAUUUGAACUGAGUAAGCAAUCUGGCCCAGAAAAAUUGUGGAGGAUCACCAAGCUUAACAAUACUCAUGCCCAGGUAACCCUGCUUCAAAACCUAAAAAAGGCCAAUUACAACAUCCCAAUCUCAGUGACAGAUUCUGGAAAACCACCUCUGACUAACAACACAGAACUGAAAUUACAAGUGUGUUCCUGCAAGAAAUCCAAAAUGGACUGCAGUGCAACUGAUGCCCUUCAUAUCAGCGUGACCCUUAUCAUUCUUUCACUCUUCAGUUUAUUUUGUCUGUAAGAACUCCCGACAUUUGAAGCUGUCCUACCGAGUUGCCAUGGCAACAAGAAAAAAGAAAACGUCAGAUCUGAAGAUUGCAGUUUACAGUUACUGUUCUUCACUACUAGGCCUCAGUUGCUCCAGAUUCAGUUUAAUUUGCAACCUCUCCUAAUCUGUCUGACUGUACAUUGGUGUUUGACGGCCUCUACCCUGACUUCCGUUUAUUAAUGGAUUCCUCUUGCAAGACGCAAGGUUUAUGCGAAUUUUCUCUGAAUGUUAAAAGACCAUGACAUCUAAACUGGACCUUGGGGGAGCAGAAAA